GCUUAUGGUUGGCAUACACAAUAUUUACCUAAUGGUGAUGAUGAUUUAGAUGGUAUUGCUGAAGCUAUUGAACGAGCAAGAAAUGCCUUGCCACAUGAUGAUAUUGUAGAAAUCAAAAAAAAAUUAGGCUUCAAUCCAGAAAAUUUUUUCCAUGUACCAGAUGAGGUUUAUGAAUAUGGUAAACGUUUUCGUGAAAGGGGUGCUAAAGCAGAAGCAGA